CUAGGAUCAGGCAAGAAAAGACUGAACGCCUUUCUAAGGACGGAUUCUUUCUGUACUGCUCCACUUGGGGAAGCCCGAAAUGGGGAUGCCAUCCUUGCUCUUCUGUUGGGUGUCUUUCACGCUUCCACUUUUCGGGGCAGCAGGUAACUGUAACGGAUGCCUAUAUGCAUCAUGAGAUGAUUUCAGAGGGUCAGCCUUUCCCCUUCAACUGCACAUACCCUCCAGUAACAAACGGGGCAGUGAAUCUGACAUGGCAUAGAACACCCAGUAAGAGCCCAAUCUCCAACAACAGACACCUUAGAAUUCACCAGGACCAGUCCUGGAUUUUGUUUCUUCCGUUGGCAUUGGAGGACUCAGGCAUCUAUCAAUGUGUUAUAAAGGAUGCCCACAGCUGUUACCGAAUAGCUAUAAACCUAACCGUUUUUAGAAAACACUGGUGCGACUCUUCCAACGAAGAGAGUCCCAUAAAUUCAUCAGAUGAGUACCAGCAAUGGUUACCCAUAGGAAAAUCGGGCAGUCUGACGUGCCAUCUCUACUUCCCAGAGAGCUGUGUUUUGGAUUCAAUAAAGUGGUAUAAGGGUUGUGAAGAGAUUAAAGCCGGCAAGAAGUAUUGCCCUACAGGAACAAAGCUUCUUGUGAACAACAUCGACGCGGAGGAUAGUGGGAGCUAUGCAUGCUCAGCCAGACUGACACACUUGGGGAGAAUCUUCACGGUUAGAAACUACAUUGCUGUGAACACCAAGGAAGUUGGGUCUGGAGGAAGGAUCCCUAACAUCACGUAUCCAAAAAACAACUCCAUUGAAGUUCAACUUGGCUCCACCCUCAUUGUGGACUGCAAUAUAACAGACACGAAGGAGAAUACGAACCUCAGAUGCUGGAGAGUCAACAACACCCUGGUGGACGACUACUACAAUGACUCCAAACGCAUCCAGGAAGGAAUCGAAACCAAUCUGUCUCUGAGGAAUCACAUUCUGUACACAGUGAACAUAACAUUCUUAGAAGUGAAAAUGGAGGACUACGGCCGUCCUUUCACGUGCCACGCUGGAGUGUCCGCAGCCUACAUUAUUCUGAAACGCCCAGCUCCAGACUUCCGGGCUUACCUCAUAGGAGGUCUCAUGGCGUUCCUACUUCUGGCCGUGUCCAUUCUGUACAUCUACAACACCUUUAAGGUCGACAUCGUGCUUUGGUACAGGAGUACCUUCCACACUGCCCAGGCUCCAGAUGACGAGAAGCUGUAUGAUGCCUAUGUCUUAUACCCCAAGUACCCAAGAGAAAGCCAGGGACAUGAUGUGGACACACUGGUGUUGAAGAUCUUGCCCGAGGUGCUGGAGAAACAGUGUGGAUAUAAGUUAUUCAUAUUUGGCAGGGAUGAAUUCCCUGGACAAGCUGUGGCCAGCGUCAUUGAUGAAAACAUUAAGCUGUGUAGGAGGCUGAUGGUCCUCGUGGCACCAGAGACAUCCAGCUUCAGCUUUCUGAAGAACUUGACUGAAGAACAAAUCGCUGUCUACAAUGCCCUCGUCCAGGACGGCAUGAAGGUCAUUCUGAUUGAACUGGAGAGAGUCAAGGACUACAGCACCAUGCCCGAGUCCAUUCAGUACAUCCGACAGAAGCACGGGGCCAUCCAGUGGGAUGGGGACUUCACAGAGCAGGCACAGUGCGCCAAGACUAAAUUCUGGAAGAAAGUGAGAUAUCAUAUGCCACCCAGGAGGUACCCAGCAUCUUCCCCCGUCCAGCUGCUGGGACACACAUCCCGAGUACCAGGCUAGUGCAGUGCCACCACCACGGGGCUCAUAACUCCUUGAGAGCGGUUAGUGUGUGGUGGCUCACACUACAACCUCUCUGGAUCAUCUACCCCGUAGCUUGCUCUUUUGUGCUUGUGAGCGACCUCGUCCUUAGCCACGUCAUAUUUUGAUUUUUUGUUUGUUUUGUUUGUUUGUUGUAUGCUUUUAGUCAUAGCUGAUUUGUACUACUCCUGUUUGCUUCAUGGUUCCUGAACCCCCAUAGACUCCCCUGAGCAUGGGGUGGCUAUCACGUUGGGCCUCCAUAUCAGCGAGAUCUUGAGGACGACAGAUCAGGUGACCAGGAUGCUUAGUCCUGGUUUGGGAUGGGAGGCUGGGCAGUCUGAGGAUGCCAAGUGGCCAGCCUUGGGGAAGACCAGCAAGAGCAGUAGUUCAAUGUCUGUGUUUGUCCAGGGUCCUCCAGGCUCUGGUCCUCAGGCACUGUAGACUGCAUUUGAAUCCCCUUCAUUCUCCUAUCGCAUUUAGAUAACUCACCAUUGUGGGAACGGGACCGAGGACUGGGGGUUGAGGGG